AUGAACUACGGGAAGGCCGAAGAGCUGAAGCUUACACCGAUCGCCCCGCUGCUACUGCUACAUACCUGCGCGUAUCUCGACUACGCAAACGAAGCACGAUCCCUAGGCGUGCCUCCCUGUCAGUCUCUGGCCAGGCGACGCGAUGACCCGGCUGUCAGCUGGCCUUGUGCUUCUGGCUCAGGCGGCGACCUUUGGGGCGAAUCACGCGUUCUCAGAAGUGCAGGCUCAGGGCCAAGGUCAGCCUGGGAGAGCAGCGGGGUCAGCGGAGACUCAGGCGUCGAUCAGACGGAGCAAUCGGAGGCGCAGCGGGGGCCUAGCGUCAAGGCCCAGAUGAUGGAGAUCUUGAGGCCUGAUUUGCCAAGGAUAUCUGUUUCGGUUCUGUGGGCGGCUCUGGGCACAGUGGCAGCCCUCGCCGCCCCCCUCGCCUAUGCUCGUAUCGUCGAGGCGAUCCUGGACCCGACCUCCCCGCCCUCCCGCCUCACGAGGGCUGUCGCCAUGCUCGGCACCAGCUACGCCGUGGAGCCUGUGUCGACGUAUCUGUACGUGAAGGUCAUGAGCGGGGUGAUCGACCGAGCGGCCUCGGGGCUCAAGCUCCGGGCGUUUCGGUCCCUGCUGGCGCAGGAGGUGGCGUUUUUCGACCUAGGGGGGUCUUCAGA